AUGGAGGGAGAGAGGAGGCAGAUGAGCCGGAACUUCAGUAGGAACUUCAGCAGGAGCGUGAGUAGAAGCGCGAGCAGGGCGAGUAGGAUCAUGGAGGAGGUGUUUACUCCGGUGUCUGCGCGGCGGAGCACUCGGGCCGAGGAGGACGAGGAGGCUCUCCGCUGGGCCGCCCUGGAGAAGCUCCCCACCUACGACCGCCUCCGAAAGACCGUCCUCAAAUCCUACGCCGACAACGAGGAUGACAAGGUCAUGCACAAGGAGGUCGACGUCCGAAAACUCGACAUGAACGUCCGCCAGGACUUCAUCGACCGUACGUUUAAGGUUGCCGAGGAAGAUAACGAGAGGUUCUUAAAAAAACUCAGAAACCGUAUCGACAAAGUUGGGAUUAGUCUACCGACGGUGGAAGUUAGAUUUGAGCAUUUAACGGUGGAGGCGGAUUGCCAUGUCGGCGACAGAGCUCUUCCCUCACUACUGAACACCGCCCGGAAUCUUGGUGAAUCGGCGUUAGGGUGCGUGGGGAUUAGACUCGCCCAGAAAACAAAACUCACCAUCCUCAAAGAUGUUUCUGGGAUUGUAAAACCGUCGAGGAUGACAUUGUUGUUAGGACCACCAUCUUCCGGGAAAACGUCUCUUUUGUUGGCCCUAGCUGGAAAAUUAGACCCUACUUUAAAGGUUAAGGGAAAUAUCACUUACAAUGGUCACAAGCUUAAGGAGUUUGUACCACAGAAAACCUCGGCAUAUAUUAGUCAAAACGAUGUGCACGUAGGAGAAAUGACGGUUAAAGAAACCCUAGAUUUCUCAGCUAGAUGCCAAGGAGUUGGGAGCCGAUAUGAACUCCUUACUGAACUUGCUAGGAGGGAAAAAGAUGCCAAGAUUUUCCCUGAUGCUGAGAUUGAUCUCUAUAUGAAGGCAACUGCAGUUGAAGGGGUUAAUGAAAGUCUUGUCACAGAUUACACGCUCAGGAUUCUUGGACUAGAUGUGUGCCGUGACACAAUUGUUGGGGACGAAAUGAUUAGGGGAAUUUCGGGUGGUCAAAAGAAGCGUGUGACAACAGGGGAGAUGAUUGUCGGGCCGACAAAAACGUUGUUCAUGGACGAAAUAUCAACUGGACUUGACAGCUCAACAACGUUCCAAAUCGUGAAAUGUUUGCAGCAGAUUGUGCAUCUCACGGAGGGGACAAUCCUGAUGUCUCUCCUCCAGCCUGCUCCUGAGACGUUCGAUCUCUUCGAUGACAUUAUUCUCCUGUCUGAAGGCCAGAUUGUGUACCAGGGUCCAAGAGAGCAUGUUCUUGAAUUCUUUGAGUCUUGCGGAUUCAAAUGCCCCGAGAGAAAAGGCACUGCUGACUUCUUACAAGAGGUUACGUCGAGAAAGGAUCAAGAACAAUACUGGGCAGAUAAGAGGAAGCCAUACAGAUUCAUACCUGUGAAAGAAUUCGCGAGAAAAUUCAACAGUUUCCACGUUGGUUUGAGUCUAGAAAAUGAGCUUUCAGUUCCCUAUGACAAAUCAAGGAACCACCAGGCAGCUCUGGUGUUCAAGAAGUACACUGUUCCAGUUAAGGAGCUUUUGAAAGCCAACUUUGACAAGGAAUGGCUGCUGAUCAAGAGGAACUCUUUUGUGUACAUAUUCAAGACGGUUCAGAUCAUCAUCGUGGCCAUCAUUGCGUCCACUGUGUUCUUCAGAACCAAAUUGCAUACCAGGAAUGAAGACGACGGAGGGAUCUACAUUGGAGCAUUGCUGUUCGCGAUGAUCAUCAACAUGUUCAACGGUUUUUCUGAGCUAACAAUGACUAUUCAGAGGCUUCCUGUGUUUUACAAGCAGAGGGAUCUUCUGUUCCAUCCACCUUGGGCUUUCACUCUGCCUACGUUUCUGUUGAAGAUUCCGAUAUCUGUGUUUGAAUCGACUGUUUGGAUGGUGAUAACGUACUAUACGAUGGGAUUUGCUCCUGAAGCUAGCAGAUUCUUCAAGCAAUUCUUGGUGAUUUUUCUGGUUCAGCAAAUGGCUGCCGGUUUGUUUAGGCUCAUUGCGGCGCUGUGCAGGACGAUGGUUAUUGCAAACACGGGUGGAUCUCUGAGUCUCCUCCUUGUAUUCCUUUUGGGUGGCUUCAUCCUUCCCAAAGGUCAAAUUCCGGACUGGUGGGGUUGGGGCUAUUGGAUUUCUCCUAUGACCUAUGGCUUCAAUGCUUUAACCGUCAAUGAGAUGUUUGCUCCUAGAUGGAUGAACAAAUUUGUUUCGGGCGAAAGAUUAGGAACAAAAGUGAUGGAGAACUAUGAUGUGUUCGCUGAAAAGAGAUGGUUUUGGAUAGGUUCUGCUGCACUUAUGGGAUUCGCUGUUUUCUUCAACGUUCUAUUCACCUUCGCCCUUACGUACCUUAACCCUCUUGAGCAGAAACAAGCUAUAAUAUCCAAAGAGCAGGCAAAGGAAAUGGAAAAUGAGCAAGAAGAGUCCACAGAAUCGCCUAGACUAAGAACAACAAAGUCGAGGAAUGAUGGACUUCCUCAUUCAUUAUCUGCAGCUGAUGGAAACAACACAAGAGAAAUGGAAAUCCAACGCAUGAGCAGUCGUACCAAUACAAAUGGCCUUAGUAGGAAUGAAGAUUCAAGCCUUGAGUCUGCAAAUGGCAUUGCUCAAAAGAAAGGAAUGAUUCUACCAUUUACACCCUUAGCCAUGUCCUUCGAUGAUGUUAAAUAUUUCGUGGACAUGCCUGCUGAAAUGAGAGAUCAAGGAGUGACAGAGGAUAGACUCCAACUACUGAAGGGAGUAACAAGCACAUUUAGGCCUGGAGUUUUGACUGCAUUGAUGGGAGUCAGUGGAGCGGGAAAGACUACGCUGAUGGAUGUUCUUGCAGGGCGAAAAACCGGUGGUUACAUUGAAGGGGACAUCAGAAUAUCGGGAUUCCCAAAGAAGCAAGAAACCUUUGCUAGAGUCUCUGGUUACUGUGAACAGAAUGACAUACACUCACCUCAAGUAACAGUUCAUGAAUCAUUGAUAUAUUCAGCUUUCCUUCGGCUUCCUAAAGAAGUUAGCAAUGAGGACAAAAUGAUUUUUGUCAAUGAAGUAAUGGAUCUUGUUGAGCUGGACAACCUCAAGGAUGCGAUUGUAGGGAUCCCCGGAGUUUCUGGUCUGUCAACUGAACAGAGGAAGAGGUUGACCAUAGCAGUUGAGCUGGUUGCCAAUCCCUCGAUUAUAUUCAUGGAUGAACCAACUUCUGGUCUUGAUGCGAGAGCUGCAGCUAUUGUUAUGAGAACUGUCAGAAACACAGUGGACACCGGGAGAACUGUUGUUUGCACCAUUCAUCAACCAAGCAUUGAUAUCUUUGAAGCAUUUGAUGAGUUGCUGCUAAUGAAAAGAGGAGGACAAGUGAUCUAUGCAGGGCCAUUAGGCCGACACUCUCAGAAAAUUAUCGAGUAUUUUGAGGCAGUUCCAGGAGUACCUAAAAUCAAAGAGAAGUAUAAUCCAGCUACCUGGAUGUUAGAAGCGAGUUCGAUCUCGACAGAACUCCGGCUUGGAAUGGAUUUUGCUGAGCACUACAAAUCAUCAUCUUUGCACCAACGAAACAAGGAACUUGUGAAAGAGUUGAGUACCCCUCCUCCUGGAGCGAAUGACCUUUACUUUGCUACCCAAUAUUCUCAGUCCACAUGGGGCCAAUUCAAAUCCUGCCUAUGGAAGCAGUGGUGGACUUAUUGGAGAAGUCCAGAUUAUAACCUUGUUAGAUACUUCUUCACUUUGGUUGCAGCACUAUUGGUUGGCACAAUCUUUUGGAAUAUUGGUGGCAAAAUAGAAACUGGUGGUGAUCUUAUGACAGUCAUUGGAGCUAUGUAUGCAGCCGUACUGUUUGUUGGAAUCAGCAAUUGCUCAACCGUACAGCCCAUUGUAGCCACUGAGAGAACUGUGUUUUAUCGUGAAAAAGCUGCUGGAAUGUACGCAGCAUUGCCAUAUGCUAUGUCACAGGUUGUUUGUGAAAUACCAUAUGUUCUUGUUCAAACUACAUUUUACACUCUCAUAGUGUAUGCCAUGGUGGCAUUUGAAUGGACAGCAGCCAAAUUCUUCUGGUUUUACUUUGUGACAUUCUUCUCCUUCCUCUACUGGACAUACUACGGAAUGAUGACUGUUUCCAUCACACCAAACCACCAAGUGGCCGCCAUCUUUGCAGCAGCAUUCUACGCGCUCUUCAACCUUUUCUCCGGUUUCUUCAUCCCCAGACCUAGAAUUCCCAAGUGGUGGAUCUGGUACUACUGGAUUUGCCCCGUGGCAUGGACCGUAUAUGGGUGCAUAGUUUCACAAUAUGGAGAUGUAGAACAGACCAUUAAGGUUCCAGGAAUGACUUUUGAUCCUCAGAUCAGAGACUACAUCAAAGAUCAUUUUGGGUAUGAACCAGACUUCAUGGGACCAGUUGCCGCAGCUCUGAUUGGUUUUGCAGUGUUCUUUGCAUUCAUGUAUUCCUAUUGCAUCAAGACAUUGAACUUCCAGCUUAGAUAAGUAUGGUACUCCCAUAAUAUGCAGGUAUUUAAGGUAGCCCUAGCCACUAGGGGCUUGUAAAUAUAGUAUAUAUUGUAAUGGUUUGAUAAGAAAGAAAUGAGUUAUCACAGUUGUUGCAUAGUGGGUUAAUAAAGUACUGUAAAACAGUACUAUUUAGGAAUUGUAAAAAUAGUGUUCCCAGACCUAUCAUAUAGGUCUUUGUACUUUAACAAGAAAUUUUGCAAAUUCAAUGGCUAUCCAUGAACAAGUUUAAGUU